ACCAGAACAAGUAGAGCAGUCGACAUCUUUGAAGGCAGGUUCUGGCUUGUUCCUUAUGGCAGUUUUGGGGCUUUAAAAGUCAUCGCUGAGACUGAGCGACUUUACGACAAAGAGGACCCCUCAAGCAUAUUUGGUUUUGCCAGUUUUUUUAAUUGUGAUUGCUGUAUUUUGUUUUUUUGGGGGGUCUUUUUUCCAAAGAUGGGCAGUCAGUAUCAGCGCUCCGUACCGCUGGAGGUGAGGAGAGCAGAGGGGGAGAGAGUCCGUGCCAAACAUCCUGACAAGAUACCGAUCAUCGUGGAGAGGGCCCAUAGGUCACGCGCCCCUGAGCUCGACAAGAAGAAGUACCUGGUGCCGUCAGAUUUAACAGUGGGCCAGUUGUGCUUCCUGAUUCGCCAGCGUAUGUCUCUGAGACCAGAGGAGGCGCUCUUCUUCUUCGUCAACAACUCCCUGCCUCCGUCCAGCUGCCCGCUCUCAACUGUAUAUGAGGAGCACCACGACGAGGACCUGUUUCUCUACAUGACUUACAGCAACGAGAGCGUUUACGGCGCCUGAGGCGAAACAAAAGACUGGAAACGGACUCAGAGGGAGAAUGAGAGGAGACAAACCGAGACCGGAACGAAGAGCUGAGAAACAUUUGAGCUACGCACCACUUCUGUAUAUUAGCUUCGACAAAUAUCUGCACUUAAAGGUGGAAGAAGGACUUUGUCCAGGGGGAAAAAGGGUCUCCGGUUUUGGUUUUACCUGUUGACAGUAUUUCAAGCUGAGCAUGAUGCAUUUAAAAACACUUCUGAACACUUAUGUGGAUUUUCUUUCAUGGCGGGAUAGGAGGGUUUUAAAAGAAAGAAUUAUGAAAGAAAGUUAUCCAAAAUAUGUUGAAAAAAAAAACUCUCAUUGUCUUUCUCAGUCAUUUGUAUUUAAUGCAAAUAGUAUUGUUUAUUUUGUUUCUUUUGUGUAAAUUAUAAGAAUUUCCUUUGCGUAAAAUAAAGAAAAUUCAAUUAGUCA